ACGGGCGUUUUGUUAUUGACGGGUUGCGAACGCAAACAAACCACGUUGUCGCCGAGCCAAACUGCUGCUGCUGCUGCUGCUCGAACAACAUACACAAUCCGAUCCGUCCAGCAGUCGGAGAGUGCUGGCGUACCCGUAUUCAUCGAAACCCGGCGAAACGAAAGUAAUCGUUGAAUCGUUGAAGUUACUUACAAAACAGUGCGCCAUAUUGCCAUAUUGUUAUCGGUACUUAAAUUCCCGCAAAUCAAGUAUGUUCGUAUGUGUCCAGAUGGUGUGUAAUAUUGUGCCCGGCGCACGUGAUUAGAUCGGCGCGACAAAAAAAAAAGGGCAGAACUUGGUUGGUGUUCCAUAUUUAGACAGUUUUGAUAACGACCGCGAAAGGUGAUAACGAUCACGCGAAUUGUCCGGUCGGACGGACGGGGAAGAUACGUGCUAAACAUAUGUGCCUAAUUAGAGUGUGUGAAUGAAUUAGAUUAAUUUGUUCCUAACCAGUGGGUGGGUAAGGGGGGUUUUGCUGUGUGUUUUCGGUAUGAAGUUGGAGCUGCGCCAAUGUUGCUCAAAAAAUGGAGUAUCACCGUUUGCGGACAUUGAUGUUUCAACAGCGUGCGAAGAUGAAUAAAAAGUAUCGUCACACUUGAAGCAUCUUUCAAGCGUUGGAGUUUCUAAAAAGCCCAAAUGUUUUAAAUAGUAAGAACUAAAACAGUGGAGUACAACGGAAGAGUGAAAUCAAAAUUGGAACAUCAUUGUCCUUCGUUACCCGUUAGGCAACAGUGAACCCUGAGGUUUGCCUAUUUGGGGUUUUUACUUUGGUUAGAAGCAAAAAGACUACGAGCACACCCGAGAUAUAUCCCCACUGAUAACGGUCGACGAACACAACAAAACGGUCACCGACUCUUCCGACGUUCCGAACGCUUCGUUUUGCUCAGUACGGUGGGCUUUGUGCUGCGGGACCUCAGACAAGAGUGGCGUGAGGAUAUCACAAAAGUCCCACGGUCCCACGGAUAGCCGACUCUUUCCAAGUGUUCAGCCUUCAUCGCUCCCUGCUACGUCGAGGAUUAACAACGAGCGAGUGACACGAGUAUUCCGUUCGUCCUCAUUCAAUCCUCGCACCACACGAAAGUAGUCCGUCCCAGAUUCUCGAAACCUGUACCCGACAGCCGGAUAAGGCUCAUUUGUAAAGCCACCGUCAGUGAGGCAACAUCAGUCGGCAUAAAAACACCCCAAAACACAACAAUGAUCAUAUUCCUCUACCUUAUACUGGUGCUGGCCUGGGCGCUACUUAUCAUCAUACUGAAAUGCAAGAAAGCACGCGCCAAAAGGCUGGCCGAACAGGAAGAGAUGGCCCAACCGGUGCAUGUGGUACAGAUCGGGUCAAACCUUUACGACAUUAUGUCACUCCAUCGGGAUAACUAUAGCGGUGUGUACAGCUGUCUCGAGCAUGGUACCAUUGCCCAACACCGGCAGCGCGCUUCUGCCAGUGUUACCCAUUCGAAUGCGGCCUUUAUCGGUGACGAUGGUUCCAUCUAUCCCGGUAACGGGAUGGUCGCUCUCGAACCGCCCCCAUCGUACGAGGAAGUGAUACGGCUCCCAGCGUACUAUCCCAAGGUGGAAACGUUCGUGCCGGAAAUGGUUGUUCCACCAUCGUUACCCCGACCCCAUACGGUAGCAUCGCAACAACCGGCCCAGCUACAUCAAACCCGCGGUGGUACGAUGGAUCUCACCACGGUAGCAACGAUUGCACCUGCAACCGGUCCGGGAACGCCGGCAGGAUUGCACGAACCCACGGAACCGACAGCCGAUGCAAACGGAAAUCGUAUCAAGGGUAUGGCAACGAGCAGUAGUACUUCCUUCCCAGGUACUACCGUAACGGUGCAGACUGCUAGCUCAUAACCGGCGAAAUCGAACCACAACCACAGGAUGGUGGUUUUUGGGGAAGCGAAAUCAUUAAGUGCCUAGCGGGUGACCCACUGGACCCAGACACACACACACACAACGUGCACUCCGAGCACAAAUUAGAGCGGUGGUCUGAUAUAGAAAUGGACAGGAAGAUUAGUACAUAUCUCAAGUAUCUUUCAGUGACUGUUUUAGUUUUAGUUCUAAUUUCACGUUCAAGGCUUACGGCGGCGGUGCUACGACCAUUCGUUUCUGAAGCGCAUAGACCUAUUUAUUGGUAGACGACUUGUGUUUGUAUCUAAGUUUUAGGCACCCGCGCAAUAGGGUUUAUGGAAAUUGAAGCUGUGGUGAAAUAUAUACGAUACGAAUACACCUAAAUAAUGUUACAUUCAUGUUUUGCAGAGGAAUUGAUUACUUUCGGCAUGAUGCUAACAAUUUUCUAUUCUAGUGAAUCUAGUUAAAAAACUAAA